ACAAGACCAAACCUGGUGUGAGAAAGUUGUCGGCGCGCUUCGAAUAAAGCUGUCAAGCAAAAAUAUAUACAGCCACAUUGAAAAGUGCAAAUUGAAGCUCCAAAUUCGAUAAUAGUAGAAAACAAUCAAAUUUUGGUGCCAUGCUAAGCAACAGCCGCCAACACUGUGACAACAAUAAUUACAGUAAAAAUUCAAAAAAACAACAAUCACUGACUUAAACAGCAAACCGAUACUCAAAAAAUAGAAAUAAUCAAACAAAAAACAUAAAACGCAACACAAGCAACACGUGAAGAGGGAUAAGAGAAGAGACAGCAUGUUGUUCUCCUCUGUUGUGGUGUGCCAGGUGGAAAAAAUACUCUGCACACCCAUCAGUCUUGCCGUAUUCGCCUUCCUCUUUAUGGCCUGCACCAUGGAGGUGGUUCUACUGAAACUCACCACAAGCGCCCACAUCUUUGGACGGCCGCCCAAUCACGAUGACUGGGGCGGGGAUGAGGGCAACGAGUACGAGGAGGAGGAUAUCUACUAUGAGAAUCUACAGAAUAACUAUGAGCAUUGGGCGCGCAGGCGCAUGCGAUAUCAUCAACGACAACAACAGCUGCUGCUGGCACAGCAACAACAACAACAACAGCAACAGCAACAACAACAUCAACAUCUGUAGUCAAUUUACCAAUUUGUUUUGACCAAUGUGUAUAUAGUGCGACUGAGUUCUCUCUAAUUAGACAAAUCCAAAUUUCACAAUUUGAUGCAUACAAUAAAUAUUUUCAAUUUCACUGCGUUA